CUCUUUCACGGUUAAUGCGCAGGUGUACUGAUAAUACUUAAAUUAGCUCAAAACCAGAACUCUGACUCGAGCAAAAGUUUUCAAGUUGUGGUAAAAUGGCUUCAGUGAAAGUGGCGGUUCGGGUUCGUCCAAUGAACCAAAGGGAAAAGGGGCUGUCGUCCAAAUCGAUAAUUCGUGUAAGCGGUAGCACCACGUAUAUUCAGAAGCCUCCACAUGUCCGAGGAGAGAAGGUAAAGGAAAGGGUGAAGGCCUUUUCUUUCGAUUUCUCGUACGAUUCAUCUGACAAAGAAAGUGGCGCAUUUGCAAAUCAAGAAAAGGUUUUUAAUGACCUGGGCUCAGAUGUGCUGAAAGCUGCAUUUGAAGGCUUCAACACAUGUGUUUUUGCAUAUGGCCAAACAGGUUCUGGAAAAUCCUUCACUAUGAUGGGCCAUACAGAAGAUAAAGGUGUAAUCCCAAGGAUUGGCGAAGGCUUGUUUGAGGAGAUUGCUCACAAGAGCAAGUGUGAGACCGUGUCAUUUCGUACAGAAGUCAGCUAUUUGGAGAUAUAUAAUGAACGUGUGAGAGACCUUUUAAAGAGGAAUAAGUCACCAUCGGAGGGUGGAAGCCUGAGAGUUCGAGAGCACCCCAAAGAAGGGCCCUACGUGGAGAAUCUUUCCAAGCAUAUCAUACACAACUACAGUGACAUGGAGGUUUUAAUUGACCUGGGCAACGCCAACCGCACCACAGCCAGCACGGCCAUGAACGACCUCAGCAGCCGCUCUCACGCCAUCUUUACCAUCACCUUCAUGCAGGCAUGGUUUGAUACAGACUUACCCCGGGAGACACUGAGUAAGAUCCACCUGGUAGACCUGGCAGGCAGCGAGAGAGCUGAUGCCACCCGCACUACAGGCACCAGGCUGAAAGAAGGUGCCAACAUCAACAAAUCACUCGUCACCCUGGGAAGCGUGAUCUCAACUCUUGCAGAUCUAAGCACAGCAGAGCAGUCCACAAAAACGAAGCAAGUCUUCAUUCCUUACAGAGACUCGGUGCUGACAUGGCUGCUUAAAGACAGCCUGGGUGGAAACUCCAAAACCACUAUGAUAGCAACUGUGUCUCCUGCUGAUGUGAACUAUACGGAGACCCUAAGCACUUUGCGCUACGCCAGCCGAGCUAAAAACAUAGUGAAUGCUCCCACAGUGAACGAGGACGACAGCGUGAAGAUUAUCAGAGAGCUGCAGGCUGAGGUUACCAGGCUCCAAAGGCUACUGGAUGAAGCCAGUCAGACUCCCAGUAGAGAGCUGCCCUCAUCUGUGACAGUAGAGAAGGAGCUGCACCAGAAUGAGGCAAAGGUUCUUGCACUGACCAAGGAGUGGACCAGCAAAUGGACUGAGACUCAAACUAUCCUGCAGGGGGACGCUCUGGCUCUGAGGAAGGAUGGAAGUGGAGUGGUCUUGGACUGCCAGUUACCUCAUUUCAUAGGCAUCGGGAAAGAUCUACUCAGCACUGGCAUCAUUCUGUAUUAUUUGAAAGAGGGGUGGACACAGAUGGGAAGUGACAAGACACAGGAUAUUGUUCUUCAAGGACCUGAGCUACUCGGUGAACACUGUGUUGUUGAGAACUGUGCAGGGGCCGUGACUCUGAUCCCUCAGGAUGGUGCCCUGUGUUCAGUCAAUGGCUCUGUGGUCACCGAUCGCUGCCAGCUGACUCAGGGUAACAUCAUACAGCUUGGAAGUGGAACGAUGCUUAGGUUUAACCACCCAAGUGAAGCAGCCCAGCUCAGAGAAAAACGCCAGAAUGGGCUUAUGUCUGCAUUCAGCCUGUCAUUGACAGACCUGUCCAAAUCUACUGAGAAUCUAUCCAAAGUGAUGCUGCAGAACCCAGGGAUUGUUGAAGACAAAGAGAAGUGUAAUCAUCAGGAGGAGCCCAGGCAGCAGUACCAGGUUAACUUAGCCAGGAGCACUUUGGACAAAAAAAGACAAAAGGAGGAUGGCGAGGUUCCCAGUGAAAAGAAAGAAGAAAAGAUGACGGGGGCACUGGUGGGAGAGACUGGUAACGGUCUGCUGGCUGCUGUAUCUGAAGUGCAGUGCAGCGCUGCCUCAACAGAACUCAGAACUACAGCCAUUGGUGGGAAACAUCCUGUGGCUCUCACUAGUUUUAAGGCGGAUGAAGACAAAAUAGAGGGUGGGGUAAGCACCAGGGAAGUCUACAAUCAGGAGAGAGACUCGUGUCAUAAAUCAAGGCUGCGGCUGAUGUCUGAAAGGCUGUGGAGAAAAGCUCAGAAUGGGGCUACAGUUCCAAGUUAUCAGAAAGAGGAGGUUUGGUCAGGGGAUGCCAGCCUCCAGCAGACAAGUGUCCUGGGCCUGGGUUAUGGAUGUAGCUCGAAGCCAGAGGGGAAUGCUAAUGAGAUCCAAGGUGUUGUGGCUGACUGCUACAAGGGAAGACCUGGCUCUGGUGGGAGCUCAUUAGGCAGCGUGUCCCACCUGCAGAGUGGUGGAGGAACUAGCUCCAUGUCUGUCCUCCCACAGACCGGCACUCAAUCUCAAAUGGACAAAAUGCCUCUCAGCAGUCAGGCGCCCUGUCGUACACCUGAGCAAACAGUCUUCGAGGGGCAAGUCUGCUGCGGAGAGACGAAUGAAUCUGGACAUUUAAAGGAGGUCCCAGGAGCAAACAUGACAGAGACUGAAGAAGCAGCAGCCACAGGUCAAAGAUCAGCGCUGGGCCUUUUUGUCCACAGAGUUUCAUGGAUAGUCCAGGAUGCAGGGCGUCUCCUCCUCAGUCCCAGCACGAUAUUACAGACCUUUAGGAAUGAGGGGCUACAACCUUUUGGGGUCUACCAUGCCAUGUCUCUAGUGCAGGAGAGUAAGGUGGCUUCUCUGGUGAAGAAUAGCCAUGUCUUCUCUAUGGUGAAAAGGAGCUUUGUCUUCUCUUUGUGGAGAGACAAUCAUACAUUUUCUACAGUUGAAGAACCCUUGCCCAUGCAGCACAUUCAGUCGGAGGCUACUCAGUCUCCUCAGCCUGGGGCAACUAACAUGAGUCCAGGAGGCUUUUGUCCAUCCAGCACCAAACUCCCAAACGUUUCAACACAAACUUUAAGCAAAGCAGAGGAGCUUUCAUGUAAUAAACCAAGAAUGCCAAGCAUUUCGACAAACAACUUAAUGAAUUUGUCCAAUAAGCAAGACAUGGCUCUUAUUCAUAUAAAACAAGAAGACACAUCUGUGACAGAAAAAGAUGUGUCUAAGGAAAUAGUUCAGGUGCUGGAGAAAAGCACAACAAAGAGUGACCUGUUUGUAAGCCAAGUGUUGAUACAAUUUCCUGAAUCUCUUUCUCACCUUCAAACACUUCCACUGCAAGACAUACUGAACGUUUUAAAUUCUAUCAUCUCCACAACACUGAUUACCACCCAGAAUAUUGUAGCUCUCUUCUGGCUCAAUGUGGCUAAAUGCAGCCAACCUGAUCCCUGUCCUGCCCUCCUGAUCAUGGCUGAAACUGGUCUUUACACCCUGACCACUGACUCAAAAACCCUUACUUUGUUUCAUUACCUCCCAUUGUUGCAGCUGAAAGAAAUCAACAUAGCCUUAGCAGGACAGAGUCUGCGUUUAAUGGGAACCACAGAGGACAGCAUCCUCGGUGUCUACACUCACAGCCAGAAGAUCACCAAGGAGCUGUGUGUUGUUAUACUUGGUGCCAUCUGCCCCGGGGACAACAGGAUCUCUCAGCAUCCACUGCUUCAUGGAGACUUAAUGAAGAUGUCUCUGGACUGCCAGGUUUAUGUCCCUGACCUCCUGAUGGAUGCUGGUCUGAGGGUUUGUUCUCAGUUUCACAGGAGCCUCGCUGAUCUGAUCUACCUUCUCCAUUGUAACAUGGAUCACACUGGCAUCCCUCUAGGAGACAUACACAUACUACUUUACUUCAGUGUAGCGGCAUGUAUCAGCCCUGACUCUCACUCUGAAUCUCUGAUGCAACUGUUCCUCACCGAUACCUCCUUUGGUCUGGUGCAGGUUGAUACUGUCUUCCACCCGACGCUGUGCUGCGUCACCCUGCAGCCCUACCGUCCACUUUUUUGCAACUUGACUCUUCGCCAACGCUCAGAUGUGCGCUGCGUUCUUCUGCACGAUGAAGACGAGCGUGGAGCUGUCAGACUGGAUGUAAUCCUAGUAAACACGAAGGGCAGGGGUCAUUCUGAAAGCGUCUCCAUAGCAACAAGCCCGCCUGCAAAAGCUUCAAAUUCAGCUCCUCUUGCAGAAGUGUGGAAAUUAACUUUCAGUUGCUCCAGUGAAGCUGCCUUUCUAAUUAAUCACUUGUCAAAUGUCUGAUCAAGGACCGAAAAGCCAGUAAUGAAGACCUCCGCUUGAAGUCUCCCUCACAGUUUGCAGUGAUGAAAGUGAAUUUUACAGACUGUUUUACUGACAGUUUCACUGCUGACAAAGGAAAAUAAUGAACAUUCUGAAGUUUACCAAGUAAGUUGUUUCUCUGUUCACUACCUUUUAAUGUCAGCCCACAUGGCCUCAUAACCACAUUUUAUCUCUUAAAACGUGUUCUGCUUUUUUCUUUUUUUUUUUGUAAAAGAUGUUUAUAUAAUGUUUUAAAUAUUCAUUUCAAUACUGAUUUAAAUAACUAUUUUAAAUGGCAAUCAUUCAAAUACAUUUUGUAUGUCCACUUCCUUCUUUAAAUGUUUUAUAUGAACUGAUAUAAAUGUGUUUAAGAAUAAAGGAGAAAAUAAUUUAUUGUUGCUCUAUUGGAGUUUAUCAUUACAAGUUAGAAUUACAUCAUCUCUCAUUCUGUGCAUUUUUUCCAACAGUAUUUGAAUAUUGUAUUUAAUUAAUUUUGUCCUUGUUUUACCAUUUCUCUCUAUGCCUCUUUGUCAUUGUCUGCUUCACUUAAUGCAUCAUUAUUUUCCUCUAUUACUGAUCUUUACAGUAUCUUUACAGAUGUUUAAUCAGUGGUUAAGGUAUGUAUUCACUAUUUGUUGUUGUUGUGUUUUAUUAAUGUGAAGUUGAUUUAAAGUAAUUAGUUAAAAUUUCAAAGAAGGUUAAGAAAACUUUGUAGCUUAGAAAAGAGCUUGCUGAUACUGAGAGACUGUGAGGUCAAAGGUCCUUACAAAUCGGAGUUCAUCGUUUUCAACCAGUUAUAUAAGACUAAACUUUAUCAUUUUUGCUUCUUAUGAAAAGUCAGUGAUGGGUAAUUUGUAAGAAUUCAGUGCACAAAGGCGAUGUUCUCCCUGUGAUUCUGGAAUGUUUGUAAAACAAAAAACGUCAGAUACAUAACCUUGAAAAAAAUUGACUUCUUGGGAGUUGAAACUGAAUCCUCCUUUUCUGUUUCUGAACUGGCUGACCCCCGUUCACUGUGGAAAUUACAGGGCUGGUUUAAUGCAUCAGACCUCUUGCCUGCUGUAGCAUGAAGGAUGGUAAUUUUGGCUGUGAAUGAACAAACACUUUAUAAUGUUUGAGGCAGUGAUGUGAAAGGCUUAUUUUUUUCCUCCCUGUCGCUUCAGCUCCAGACAGCUAAUUACCAUUCAAUGCAACCACUGUGUAUCAUGUCCUUCUGUGAAUAAAGCACAAAAGCAGACAAAUAAUCUGAGACGCUCUAUAUUCAAACGAAGAUAGUGUCUGGCGUGCAACAAAAAUUUUUCGAACUAUGGAUUAAAUUUUCCGGCAGCUAAUUUUCACAUUACAUCUGGGCAAAAAAUGACACAUUUUGGCAGAGGAUAGUGGGUUUAAUAUUGUCAGCACAAAGAAAGACAGCAAGUAUCCUGCAGAUAAGUCCAUCAAUUGAGGCAGUGUUUGGAACUGCACAGUUGGGAUUUGGUACAUUCAUCUUUUUUUUUAUAUAUAUAUUCUUUUGAAAAUAUACCCAGUGAUUAGACAGACAAUGCAGCCACAUGAUGAUAAAGGAAGACAUUGAACAAAUACUUAGUAGUUCAGUAGUUAUGGCCAAAUCGUUAUACAAAAAUUUGCAAAGCAAACGUAGAAAACAUAAGCAGCCAUAUUUACAGCAUAUAAAGAUGUCUUUGCCACAUAUAUUUUUUUGAGAUUUCAGGCUAGUAUGAAAAAAAUGUGACAAAUUCAGAACAAAACAAAAAAAUUGAAAUAUGAAAAUAGGCUCCACACAUGCUGCUGUAAACAAUAGUUAUACAAUCGGAUAUAACAUAACUUAGACAUUAUGUUGUUAUUAAUGAUCACAAAACAUGUUGGAGUUAAUAGGACUACUACGCACGACAUUUGAACUGUAUGACCUUUUAUUUAACUAGACCUCAACUCUGUCCCAUUUUCUUUAACAGUUACAGGAUCACCUGAAAUCUGUCCUUGACAAGAAAACGAAAGAGUUCUGCACUGCACACAAAAUGACAAUUAUAUAUUUUUAAUCUUUUUAGUGUAUUCUGAAAUGGUAAUAGACACAAACAGUGAUUCACCCUCAUAUUCACACUUGUUGUCAAUUUAGAGUGGACCAUUUAACUUCCUCCAUGUUUUUGUACUUUGAUAUGAAACUAGAGCACCACAGGAUCCGGCCCCUCCUGACACCCCCACACACCAGGAUAACAUGAAGAACAGGAGAACUACUGGCUGUGAGUGGCCAGGAAUGACAGGAUCCAAAAUGAGCAGAUCGGGGAAGCGGCCAAGGUUCAGAGGUUUGAAAACAAGAUCUGGUUUAAGGAGAGAGGAUUGGCACAAAAGAAGACUAAUGGACAUGUUGGAGACGGGGCCACGAGCUGGAGACAUGGUUAGUGUUUUUACCCUAGAGCACAAACAUUGCUGCUCUGCUCUCUGUCACUAAUGGUCUCUCUGUAUUAGGUUUGCAUGUUCCUCCUGUGCGCACGUUUUCCUCAGGCAGUGUUUCCCCAAAACAUCCAGGCUCUCCUUAAUGCUUCACUCUAAAUUGACUGUAGGUGUGAAUGUGAGUGUGAAUGUUUUCUUUCUACAGUACAUGAGGUCCUGUGAUGGACUGAUGAACAUUGUAGGAUUAACUCAGCCCUCACCCAGUGAAUGCUGGGAUUUUCACCAAGUGGACAGAACCCUGCUUUGAGUAAUGUUUAGAGGUUUGCUGUCAUCGUAUGUGGCUCAGUAUAAAUAGACACAACUGUGGCUGUUGAACUUGUGUUUCUACUUGUCAAUGCACAUCAUGUUAGCCCAGAACACUCAGCAAACACUUGUCUGGCACAUUUCUAUUUUAGCAGCAGCUGCCUUUAAACUCCUGCAAUGAUUAAUGCUCAUUCAAUCUGGACUCCAGUCUGUGGGGUGCUGUUAAGUUAGAUUAGUAAAUUGUCCAUAAGAAUAGUCUCUUUUCACAGCCAUUCAGAGCACUCUUCAGUUCUUGUUGCAUCUGAGGGAGGAAUAGUUAACUUUAAUGCAGGACUGUGUUAGAUUGCUCACGGUACAACAUGUGCUGAGUUUAUGUUAACUAUAACCAAGAGCCCUGUAAAUGCACACAUGCCACAUGUAAUGUGUGGAGUUAUAUUCACGAUAUCACAGUCUUAGGCCAAGUCUAAGUCAAAAGCAUCAAAGAAAAGGUCAUAUGCGGUUAACGUUGAUACACAUAUUGCAAUUUGAGAAUAAAUGCUGUAAAGGAUGGCUGUAAGAAAUGUUUUUUUCAGUUUGCAGUUUUAUUAUAGGUCACUUAAGUUUAAGUGGUUUAUAUCCAGUUUAGGAAAGAAAGAAUUUCAAUGGAGUCUUAUUCAGCAUUUCCUGUGUUUUUAAGUUUAAAUCUUUAUCAUCGUGAGUCACUGUAGUCGAGUACAUCAUGGUUAAGUACUGUACACUGAGGAGCUGGAUCACUCAUGAUGAAGCUCUCUUUUGUCCACAUGAUGGUUUGCCUUCACCUUCUUACACCGGUCUGACAAACAAAAGUUUGGUUUUAAAACACAGUUUAAAGAAAUGUUCAUAUUGUGCUCCUAAUUAUUGUCGUCUUUUACAACGUUACUGGUUCCAUGACAAAGAAGGUUAAGCAAUUUACUCAAAUCAGAAUUAGAAUGGCACAGAACGGCCUGAAACCCCACACCUCGGUGUAAUCGUGUGUAAUUGUUAUUGAUCAACAGCGUUAUCACAGCAUUGUCGAUGUAGCAUUGUCUUUGGGAGGAACAGAAAAAAAAAAAAAACAAAACAA